UGCUCUCCUACCAAGUUUUCCAAGUUAUCAACUGCCCAGUGGCCUCACAAGUCCUAACCUUGUCCUAUAUACGUCUUUCGGCGGUCGUCUUAAGGACGUCGUGAGGACCUUUUAAAAACAUGAAAAGAUCCAAAGGAUGUAUUAAAGAUGUCAAAUCAUAUAACAUAGAGCCUUACAGACUCUCGGCUUGGCGAGUGGUGACUCAGACGCGAGUCGCGGACAAAACCAAGAAACUGUCAUUCAGUGUGCAUUUAGUUAUGUUCGCUUGUCGGAUAUCUGAUAUUAAAUCUGUGUGCAACGUAUUUUUUUCUACAAUCUACAUUAAUUACGCAAGGAAAAAAGAUAUCAUAAGCAUUUAUAUGCUUAUAAUAUUCAGAGAUAUAAAUCAAGGAAAACAAAAUUAAAUAAAAAAUAAACAAAAUGGAACAAGAAGACAAUCGGCCUAAGUGGUUAUUGGAAUUGGAGAACCGAAAAAGAAAGCCACGCCUUGCACAUGAAGCAGGUGCAGGUGCCCCUUGUCUCAUUUGUAUUUCAGCAUGUCCUGGAUUAGACCUUCAUUUCUGGCGUAAAAUUUGCAAAAUAUGCAAGUGCGGUCGUGACGAUCAUGACUUUGAAGAUGAAGAAUUUCCGCAGUUCGAUCUCCUCUUCGGCCCAUCCGGGAAACUCAAGAAACGUUCAGUUUUCCUUCCAAUUAAAAAGCAGAAUCAUGACGAAACUCCAUUUGAAUGGGUUCCACCCGACACAUCCAAAGAGCUUGCUGCUGAUUACAUGAAGGCUCUUCCUUCUGAAAAAUUACCAAUUAAAGGAUCAGCUGGAGCAGUUUUUAGGAGACAACAACUUCAAAAACAAUUACCAUUGCACGAUAUUGACCACCAAGCUUGUGAUGCCCUUACUGAUGAAGAGCGAAAACAAUUUGAAGAGUAUGUGGAGAAUUUAAAGAAUUACGUGGGUCAAGGAAAAGUUGAAAAGGUGACAGGAGCGCGCCCAUUCAGCCGAACUCUCAUGACUCCCGCAAAUGCGACUGACGUCCAACGUAGUCCACAGCACAAACCAGCAGCAAGUGCCGGGCAAGGUUUAAAUCUUCGAACUCCGAGUAGUUUCAUGUCUAAAAAUCCCCCUCUUCCAACAAAUCAUUUACCGUUUUCAAUAACAGAGCCUCCGUCAUUUCCUUCAAUUCAGACUCCGCCAGUUCCUUUACCUGAACUGCCAUCACUACCUUUAUCUUUACUUCCAAUUUAUCCAUCAAAACUUCCAAAUAUUCAGAGUAAUGCCAUACCUAGAAAUCUAGAAUCCCUAAGGGUUCAAAGCCUAGGAAGCAUAGUGGAAAAUUCGCCUCAAGGUCGCUAUCAUCGAGCCCUGGUUAAUAUACCCAACGAUGAAAAUUUUGAAAAAUCGGUGCCAGCAGACGCUUUAAAUAUCCCCCUAACAACUAGACCGUUCACACAACUUCUGAGACAGCACGCCAAGGCCUUAGAAUCAAAUUUCUCAAAUCCGUCAAAUCAACCUGCAGGAGAUUCCACAUCACAAAAUAUUGAUCCCUGUCAACAAAGUGUUUCUGUACCGGGACUUCAAGAAAAAAAUGAUAAUUCCGGAAUUGUGGCUCAUCUCGAAGGAACCGGUAGGAUUGACUCUCGUUUGGAAGAAUCGAGAGGACUUCCCCAUGAUAUUGCUGAAAGAUUACUGUCUGAAGCAUUUCUGCCUCCUAGUGCGAUACACGUUAAUGAUAUAGUUGCGAGUACUCUAGAUGAAAGAGGACUAACUUUCAUAAGAGAUAAAUUAAAUUCAAAAUACAGUAAUAAGGGGGAUGUCGAGCAUAGAGGUCCGUUUGAGUCGAGAGAGAUUGAAGGUCAUCAAAGACCUGGGAUUGUGUAUAAGGAAGUUGAAAGAUUAAGCAGUACUUUGCCAAAUCAAUUUUCAACAUGUGAAAGUCAAACGAUGCAUAGUCAUCAUCCUCAGCUGACAGAGGCUUUGAGUCACGGAAACUUGCCAGGUUUUGAUCCUGUGAAGGCUGCAUUACAGAAAUCGUCAACAAACCCUCAUCGAUGCUUCAGUGCUAAUCAAAACUUGCAAACAGCAUCUUUAUCACAUUCCAACCGAAAUUUGAAUUCAUCUCCAUCAUAUUCUCUUUAUGCUCAAAAUAUUGAGCCGUUACAAGCAGAGUUAGGUAACUACGGUGCAAUCGCUAGAAAUGUGAUAAAUUCAGAACUUCUGCACAAUCCUAUUUUCCCUGAAGAAGCCAUUGGUGAAACCCCAAAAAACACAGCAGAUGUUGAUCAAUUAGCAAAGGGCGUGGAAAACUUUAACAUUACGCCAACGAAACAAAAAUGUCACGAAUGUCGAGAGCAGAUCAACGUUGGAGAAGUGGUCGUUACUGCAGAAAAAGCGAAAAACGAAGUGUGGCAUCCUGGUUGCUUUGUCUGCUCGGUCUGUAAUGAACUGCUUGCUGAUUUAGUCUACUUUUUCUACAAAGAAAAACUUUAUUGUGGCAGGGAUCUUGCGACUCAUUUGGACGUUCAGAGAUGUUUCGCCUGUGAUGAGUUGAUAUUUACGUCAAUGUACACCGUCGCAGAAGGUCACUGUUACCACGUGAAACAUUUUUGUUGUUGGGAUUGUGACGAACCUUUAGCUGGACAGCAGUACACUUCAGAAAACGAUCGUCCUUUGUGUCUUCCAUGCUACCAAAAAACAUACGCUAAAACUUGCAGUGCAUGUCAUAAAGCAAUCGCAGCCGACCAACAAGGAGUGGCCAUUAAAAACUUGGACUUUCACGUCGACGAAAAAUGCUUCUGUUGCUUCACUUGCAAAAAAAGUUUACUUAACGGCAAGGUUGGAGUAAAAGAGAAUAGAGCGUUUUGCAGCAAAGAAUGCAUUGCGAAAUUCCAGAGCCAGCAAUCUUAACAUGUGACUUGUAACUUACAUGUAACAUAUUAUUAAAAUAUAAACAAGAAUUUUACUUGAAUUUUAAUUUCUAAAAUGUUUAAAUAUAAUUUUCGAGUACCAAUUUAUUUAUAUAAUCUUGUUUUAAUUAUUUAAAAAAACGUAAGAUUCUUUAUGAAAUAAAGUAUGGAUUUUAUACUGCAACAUUUUAACAACUUUUACCAGAAAUGUUGUAUCGAUUGAAUGUUAUCAGUGGCAAAGAUUGAGUCAACGAUAUA